AUGAACAUGUUUGUGUAUCAGCUAUUUCAAUUUAAAUUUAUCUGAGUUUCAUUAUGAAAAAAGAGUUGAGUUAUUGUAGGAACUUUCACUGAAUUUGUCGACGCUAGUAUCAUUCGUGGGAAUCGUGAGCUGGAAGUAGUAUAGUGUAAAUUUGGAUUCUAACCUAUAACCCGAACUAUAUUUCAUAUUGUUUUCAAAUAAUGUCUAUAAUAAUCAAUUUAGGACACCUGAAAGAAUAUGUUCAAACGGUCAGACAAUUCUUACCCCAAAAACCUACAUUGUCGACUACACAAAAGGUAGUUUUAUCUCGUUUUUUUUUAGAUGUUGGAAGUGUAGCUAGUAGUGGCCGACGUAGUGCUACUUACAGUGACAAAUAUAAUAGACAGGGUUCAAUUAUUAGUGGAAAAGCUUCGAUAGCUUCUGGCAGCAUUGUGAGUAGCGGGCUUCCUAUACCUGAAGGAUUGGAAACUACUAAUCUCACUCCACAGCAGUUAGGAGUUAUGGGUAUGGAAGCUCUAGAGACCUGCAUAAGUUACUGGGAAGAUGCCCUCGCAGCAUACCGCAACAAAGAUGGAGCCGGACCGCUAGCCGUCUUAGGUCCUGAAGAAGCGGGUUUCUGCAGAGAUCUCCAACAACUCCUGGAAUUCGCUCUGGAGCUGCAGGAGAACUCUGAGAUGCUGUUCUUGGACGAGAGAUCUAUUCUCUUCAAAGCCGAUAGGAGCACGAGAAGUAACGGUGCUUUGGAUGUAGAUUUAUCGGGGGGAGAGAGUUUUGCAUCUGCACAAGAUAUGGUAGCAGAUCUGAGGGAAUUUGAAGAGUUCGCAGAGUACUUUCCCGAUCUAGAAUCUUUACCUCUUUACCAAGCAGCACUUCGUCAGUUGGAAAGUGGCGGUAUUCCUUGUAGGACCCUCAGAACAGAACUGGUAAAGUGCGGCUCAGAUGGUGAAUAUUUGGCGAAACUCCAUUGCCUUAGGCUAGCGUUCCAGCACUUGCUCAGAGAUCAGUUGAAUUAUAUUUUUUUCGUGGAUGCGGGUAGACAGAUAUUAGCGGAUUUACUGUUGUACGCUGAUAAGGAUCCCAAAGAUUUCUUGAUAGGUUAUGAAGAGAUGAUUCGUUUUAUUCAAGACCCGAAAAAUUGGCGCGAUCUCGAAGAUGAACUCAGCUCGAAAGGCGUGAAGGCUCUAUCUUUUUAUGACAUAGUUUGUGACUAUAUUCUCAUGGAUGCUUUUGAUGACCUGGAACAUCCCCCUUCGAGUGUGACUGCGGUCAUCCAGAAUCGAUGGCUGUCCAAAGGUUUCAAAGAAACUGCACUAACCACCGCUGUCUGGUCUGUCCUCAAGGCCAAACGAAGACGUCUGAGGUUUCCGGAGGGCUUCAUGGCUCACUUUUACACUCUCUCGGAGCAGCUGUCGCCCCUUUUAGCCUGGGGUUUCCUCGGCUCCGAUGAGCUCCUCAGAGACACUUGCGUCUACUUCAAAGAACAGGUGAUGGAGUUCCUGGCAGACAUUUUUAGUUUCAGCAAGUGUAAGUACACGAGCAUCGAGGAAUUGGCACAUGACGUUCUAGGUAACAUGAGAACAAGGGUGGAUAAUAUUUGCCUGAGGUUGAGUGUCCAAUCAUGAGAGGAGUUCUUUGUGUAGGUAGAUAUUUUGGUUGUAUUUGUCUAAUUACGAGCCGGCAAUGUAAGGCGGCUAUAGUUGAUUUUCAUAGUCAACUUUUUAGGAGUUUGAGAUUCAAUGCUCUCACCGAAUUAUAAUUUAAAAUAAUUCUCGUAACAUCUUUUUUUGUUUAUAACUUUUUCACUUCGUGAACUACUGACACUUUAGUUGAACUUUUUAAUCAAAAAUCUGUAUAAUGUUAACUCAAAAAGUUUCUAUCUUACUUUUUUCAACAAAUCAGGUCAAUCACUAAUUUCAUGAAGUUUUUUAUGAUUAUUUCUAAGUGGGUUCAACUUGCAAUGGAAAUCGUGAAUCUCAAACUUGAAUAAUUACAGUAAUAUUGUCAGACUGAAUUGGUCUCAUAAAGAGUUGUAAGCUUUUUUCCAAAAGAAUUGAUGAAAGCAGCCAAAUUAGUAGUAAUCGAUAUAACUUCAACCCAUAUAAAGGGCAAGUAUUGAACUAGUCAGUUAGUCAUUUUGAAUAUGUAUGUACUGGGUAAUCGAACUACUCAAUUCAUUUUUGACAAUUUUCUGCUGUCAUGUCUGUAGGGUUUUUCAAGAAA